GGGAGAGGCGAGCGGCGCGAAGGCAGGGGCCGGGCCGGGCAGGGAGGAAGGAAGGGGUGUCCCUCGGCAGUGGAGGAAUCCGCGCCGCCGCCAAGUUACCGCCCGGAGACGGCGCGAGGCGCUCGGGCUGCUCAACCUGCCGCCGCUGCUGAUCCUUCUUGCUUUUCAUUGCCCAACACAUUAAGAAUUCUCUCACCUGAUGAGCUAAAGACUCGACCCAUAACGACUGCAAAAUAGAGCGUUGCUGACCUCCCUUUUCAGUGACAGUGACUGACCCCAAAGAUAAGAGUAGGCUUUUCUGAAAACAUCCUACCUGACUCAGAAUAAUGGAUAUAAAAGACAGAAGACACCGUUCUCUGACGAGGGGCCGGUGCGGAAAGGAGUGUCGCUAUACAAGUUCUUCACUGGACAGUGAAGACUGCAGAGUACCAACUCAGAAGUCUUACAGCUCAAGUGAGACCCUGAAGGCGUAUGAUCAUGACACUAGGAUGCACUACGGGAAUCGAGUUUCUGACCUGGUUCACAGGGAGUCAGAUGAGUUUCCAAGACAAGGAACAAACUUCACCCUUGCAGAGCUAGGGAUCUGUGAGCCCUCCCCCCAUCGCAGCGGCUACUGCUCAGACAUAGGAAUACUCCACCAAGGCUAUUCCUUGAGCACCGGCUCUGAUGCUGACUCAGACACGGAGGGAGGAAUGUCUCCGGAGCAUGCCAUCAGGCUGUGGGGAAGGGGGAUCAAAUCCAGGAGAAGUUCCGGUCUGUCAAGUCGCGAAAACUCAGCUCUCACACUUACUGACUCCGACAAUGAAAAUAAGUCAGAUGAGGAAAAUGAUUUUCACACACACCUUUCUGAGAAAUUGAAAGACAGACAGACAAGCUGGCAGCAGCUGGCUGAGACAAAGAACUCUCUAAUACGUCGUCCCAUUCCACCUACAUCCUCGUCUAGCCUUCUCCCAUCUGCUCAGCUGCCCAGUUCUCAUAAUCCUCCACCAGUUAGCUGCCAGAUGCCAUUGCUAGACAGCAAUACGUCCCAUCAAAUCAUGGACACCAAUCCUGAUGAGGAGUUCUCUCCUAAUUCAUAUCUGCUAAGAGCGUGUUCAGGGCCACAGCAGGCUUCCAGCAGUGGCCCUUCAAAUCAUCACAGCCAGUCAACGCUGAGGCCACCUCUCCCUCCUCCUCACAACCAUUCACUGUCCCAUCAUCAUUCCUCUGCCAACUCCCUCAACAGGAACUCGCUCACAAAUCGCCGGAACCAGAUCCACGCGCCCGCCCCGGCGCCCAAUGACCUGGCCACCACCCCUGAGUCCGUGCAGCUCCAGGACAGCUGGGUGCUCAACAGCAACGUCCCACUCGAGACCAGGCAUUUCUUGUUUAAGACGUCUUCUGGAACUACUCCACUGUUCAGUAGUUCUUCCCCUGGUUACCCGUUGACCUCAGGAACAGUUUAUACUCCACCUCCCAGACUGUUACCUAGAAAUACAUUCUCCAGGAAUGCGUUCAAGCUGAAAAAACCCUCCAAGUAUUGUAGCUGGAAAUGUGCUGCUUUAUCCGCAAUUGCCGCUGCAGUCCUGCUUGCCAUCCUGCUAGCAUAUUUCAUAGCGAUGCACCUCCUGGGGCUGAACUGGCAGCUCCAGCCGGCGGACGGACACACCUUCAACAACGGGCUGCGGCCAGGCGGGCCGGCGGGCGCAGAGGACGGGCCAGCAGUGCCAGCUGGAGGCAGAGGACCAUGGGUCACUAGGAAUAGCAGCAUAGAUAGCGGAGAAACAGAAGUUGGCCGCAGGGUCACCCAGGAAGUCCCCCCUGGAGUUUUUUGGCGGUCUCAGAUCCACAUCAGCCAGCCACAGUUCCUGAAGUUCAACAUAUCCUUAGGGAAGGAUGCUCUUUUUGGUGUUUAUAUAAGAAGAGGACUCCCACCAUCACAUGCCCAGUAUGAUUUCAUGGAACGCUUGGAUGGGAAAGAGAAAUGGAGUGUGGUGGAAUCCCCACGGGAACGUCGAAGUAUUCAGACCCUUGUUCAGAAUGAGGCUGUGUUUGUUCAGUACUUGGAUGUGGGUUUGUGGCACCUGGCAUUUUACAAUGACGGCAAGGACAAAGAAGUGGUCUCUUUCAGUACAGUUAUUUUGGAUUCAGUGCAAGACUGCCCACGUCAUUGUCAUGGGAAUGGCGAGUGUGUAUCAGGUGUCUGCCACUGUUUUCCAGGAUUUCAUGGAGCAGAUUGUGCUAAAGCUGCCUGCCCAGUUCUGUGCAGUGGCAAUGGUCAGUACUCUAAAGGCACCUGCUUAUGCUACAGUGGCUGGAAAGGUCCAGAAUGUGAUGUACCCAUCAGCCAGUGUAUCGAUCCCUCAUGUGGAGGUCAUGGUUCCUGCAUCGAAGGGAACUGUGUCUGUUCUGUUGGCUAUAAAGGAGAAAACUGUGAGGAAGUUGAUUGCUUAGACCCAACGUGCUCCAACCACGGAGUCUGUGUGAAUGGAGAAUGUCUCUGCAGCCCAGGCUGGGGUGGAAUAAAUUGUGAGCUUCCCAGAGCCCAGUGUCCAGACCAGUGUAGUGGGCAUGGUACCUACCUGUCUGACACAGGUCUUUGCAGCUGUGAUCCCAACUGGAUGGGUCCUGACUGCUCCGUUGAAGUGUGCUCUGUAGACUGUGGCACCCACGGGGUGUGCAUUGGCGGAGCGUGUCGCUGUGAAGAAGGGUGGACGGGAGUGGCGUGUGACCAGCGUGUGUGUCAUCCCCGUUGCACGGAGCACGGAACUUGUAAAGAUGGGAAGUGUGAAUGCAGAGAGGGCUGGAAUGGGGAGCACUGCACCAUUGGUAGGCAAACGACAGGCACCGAAACAGAUGGCUGCCCUGAUUUGUGCAAUGGCAAUGGGAGAUGCACGCUGGGUCAGAACAGCUGGCAGUGUGUCUGCCAGACCGGCUGGAGGGGGCCUGGAUGCAACGUUGCCAUGGAAACCGCCUGUGCUGAUAACAAGGAUAAUGAGGGAGACGGCUUGGUUGACUGCCUAGACCCAGACUGCUGCCUCCAGUCUACUUGUCAAAACAGCCUGCUGUGCCGGGGCUCACGUGAUCCUCUUGACAUCAUACAACAGAGCCAUUCUGGUUCACCAACUGUGAAGUCAUUCUAUGAUCGAAUCAAGCUCUUAGUGGGGAAGGACAGCACUCACAUCAUCCCGGGAGAAAAUCCCUUCAACAGCAGUCUUGUGUCUCUCAUAAGAGGCCAAGUGGUGACUACAGAUGGAACUCCUCUAGUUGGGGUCAAUGUGUCAUUUGUCAAGUAUCCAAAGUACGGCUAUACCAUCACUCGUCAGGAUGGCACGUUUGACUUGGUUGCAAAUGGCGGAGCAUCCCUAACGUUGCACUUUGAACGGGCCCCAUUUAUGAGUCAGGAAAGGACAGUAUGGUUGCCUUGGAAUAGCUUCUAUGCCAUGGACACUCUUGUGAUGAAGACAGAGGAGAACUCCAUUCCUAGCUGUGAUCUAAGUGGUUUUGUCCGUCCUGACCCCGUCAUCAUUUCGUCACCACUUUCAACUUUCUUCAGUGAUGCUCCUGGCCGGAAUCCCAUUGUACCAGAAACCCAGGUUCUUCACGAAGAAAUUGAGAUCCCUGGCUCUAGUAUAAAGCUCAACUACCUGAGUUCCCGUACUGCUGGAUACAAAUCCUUACUUAAGAUCACCAUGACUCAGUCACUUGUGCCGCUGAAUCUAAUCAAAGUUCAUUUGAUGGUAGCGGUAGAAGGGCAUUUGUUUCAAAAAUCAUUUCAGGCAUCUCCCAACUUGGCAUAUACAUUUAUCUGGGACAAAACAGAUGCAUAUGGUCAGAAGGUUUAUGGGUUGUCAGAUGCUGUAGUUUCUGUGGGUUUUGAAUAUGAGACUUGCCCCAGUCUCAUUUUAUGGGAGAAGAGGACAGCACUGCUGCAAGGAUUUGAACUAGAUCCUUCAAAUUUAGGAGGAUGGUCUUUGGAUAAACAUCAUGUACUUAAUGUCAAGAGUGGUAUAUUGCACAAAGGCAAUGGAGAAAAUCAGUUUCUAACUCAGCAGCCAGCUGUGAUAACCAGCAUUAUGGGGAAUGGGCGCCGAAGAAGCAUAUCCUGUCCUAGCUGCAAUGGUCUGGCAGAGGGAAAUAAGCUUUUGGCCCCUGUAGCACUGGCAGUGGGUAUUGAUGGAAGUCUCUUUGUUGGAGAUUUUAACUAUAUUCGGCGUAUCUUCCCAUCCAGGAAUGUUACUAGUAUAUUGGAGCUGAGAAAUAAAGAGUUUAAACAUAGCAACAAUCCCGCUCAUAAAUACUAUCUGGCCGUGGACCCUGUUUCAGGCUCACUGUACGUAUCGGACACCAAUAGUCGACGCAUAUACAAGGUCAAGUCCCUCACUGGCACGAAGGACCUAGCUGGUAACUCGGAAGUGGUAGCAGGAACGGGAGAGCAAUGCCUGCCCUUUGAUGAAGCCAGAUGUGGGGACGGAGGGAAGGCAGUGGACGCAACCCUAAUGAGCCCUCGAGGAAUUGCAGUGGAUAAGUAUGGCCUCAUGUAUUUUGUCGAUGCCACUAUGAUUAGGAAAGUGGAUCAGAAUGGAAUUAUAUCAACCCUGCUGGGCUCCAAUGACCUAACUGCUGUUCGACCUCUCAGCUGUGAUUCCAGCAUGGAUGUCACCCAGGUACGGCUGGAGUGGCCUACUGAUCUCGCUGUCAAUCCCAUGGACAACUCACUUUAUGUCCUAGAGAACAAUGUUAUUUUACGGAUCACAGAAAAUCAUCAAGUUAGCAUUAUUGCUGGACGCCCCAUGCACUGCCAGGUUCCUGGUAUAGACUACUCUCUUAGCAAACUGGCUAUUCAUUCUGCACUUGAAUCAGCCAGUGCCAUUGCCAUCUCACACACAGGAGUUCUUUACAUCAGUGAGACAGAUGAAAAAAAAAUUAAUCGGCUACGCCAGGUAACUACCAAUGGAGAAAUAUGCCUUCUUGCAGGGGCAGCUUCAGACUGUGAUUGCAAAAAUGAUGUCAACUGUAAUUGCUAUUCUGGGGAUGAUGGGUAUGCCACUGAUGCCAUCUUAAAUUCACCAUCUUCCUUAGCUGUGGCCCCAGAUGGUACCAUCUACAUAGCUGAUCUUGGAAAUAUCCGCAUUAGGGCUGUCAGUAAAAACAGGCCCAUUCUUAAUUCUUUUAACCAAUAUGAAGCUGCAUCUCCAGGAGAACAGGAGCUGUAUGUCUUCAAUGCUGACGGGAUUCACCAGUACACUCUCAGCCUUGUUACCGGGGAGUACUUGUACAAUUUCACCUAUAGCAGCGAUAACGAUGUCACGGAGGUGAUGGACAACAAUGGCAACUCCUUGAAGGUCCGUCGGGAUGCCAGUGGGAUGCCCCGCCAUUUACUGAUGCCGGAUAAUCAGAUUGUCACGCUGGCUGUCGGCACUAAUGGUGGACUCAAGCUGGUCUCAACACAGACCCUGGAGCUCGGAUUAAUGACAUAUAACGGAAACAGUGGUCUCUUAGCAACGAAGAGUGAUGAAACAGGAUGGACAACAUUUUAUGACUAUGAUCAUGAAGGGCGUCUGACCAAUGUAACACGUCCCACCGGAGUGGUAACUAGCCUUCAUCGAGAAAUGGAAAAGUCCAUUACCAUCGACAUUGAGAAUUCUAAUCGGGAUGACGAUGUCACGGUCAUCACAAAUCUCUCCUCUGUGGAGGCUUCCUAUACAGUUGUUCAAGAUCAAGUGAGGAACAGCUACCAGCUCUGUAAUAAUGGUACUUUGAGAGUGAUGUAUGCCAAUGGCAUGAGCAUUAGCUUUCACAGCGAACCUCAUGUCCUGGCUGGGACUGUGACUCCCACCAUAGGACGAUGUAAUAUUUCUCUACCAAUGGAAAAUGGUUUAAAUUCAAUUGAAUGGCGUCUGAGGAAGGAACAGAUUAAAGGCAAAGUGACUGUGUUUGGAAGAAAGCUCAGGGUGCACGGAAGGAAUUUACUGUCCAUCGAUUACGACCGGAACAUACGCACGGAAAAAAUCUAUGAUGAUCAUCGGAAAUUUACACUGAGGAUAAUUUAUGAUCAGCUAGGACGGCCUUUCCUUUGGCUGCCUAGCAGUGGCCUGGCAGCUGUCAACGUGUCUUAUUUCUUCAAUGGGCGCCUGGCGGGCCUUCAGCGGGGUGCCAUGAGCGAAAGAACAGAUAUCGAUAAGCAAGGCAGGAUCAUAUCGCGCAUGUUUGCAGAUGGGAAGGUUUGGAGCUACACCUAUCUGGAAAAAUCCAUGGUACUACUGCUUCAGAGUCAACGACAGUACAUCUUCGAGUAUGAUUCAUCAGACCGCCUUCACGCCGUGACCAUGCCUAGCGUGGCUCGGCACAGCAUGUCGACUCACACCUCCGUUGGCUACAUUAGAAAUAUUUAUAACCCUCCUGAAAGCAACGCAUCCGUGAUUUUUGAUUACAGUGAUGACGGGAGGAUUUUGAAAACAUCAUUUUUAGGCACUGGCCGACAAGUCUUCUACAAGUAUGGAAAGCUAUCCAAAUUAUCUGAAAUUGUUUACGACAGCACGGCAGUUAAUUUUGGAUAUGAUGAAACUACAGGCGUCCUAAAAAUGGUGAAUUUGCAAAGUGGAGGGUUUUCCUGUACAAUCCGCUAUCGCAAAAUUGGCCCUCUUGUUGACAAACAGAUCUACAGAUUCUCUGAAGAAGGUAUGGUCAAUGCGAGGUUCGAUUAUACGUAUCACGAUAACAGCUUUCGAAUCGCAAGCAUCAAACCCAUAAUUAGUGAGACGCCUCUUCCAGUUGAUCUUUACCGUUAUGAUGAGAUUUCUGGCAAAGUAGAGCAUUUUGGCAAAUUUGGAGUUAUUUAUUAUGAUAUCAAUCAGAUUAUUACUACAGCGGUUAUGACACUGAGUAAGCACUUUGACACCCAUGGGCGCAUUAAAGAAGUUCAGUAUGAAAUGUUCAGAUCCCUGAUGUACUGGAUGACUGUACAAUAUGACAGCAUGGGAAGGGUAACUAAAAGAGAACUGAAACUUGGUCCUUAUGCCAACACGACAAAGUACACCUAUGAUUACGAUGGAGAUGGGCAACUGCAAAGUGUAGCAGUGAAUGACAGGCCAACCUGGCGUUACAGUUACGAUCUGAAUGGAAACCUUCAUCUCCUGAGUCCUGGAAACAGCGUCCGAUUGAUGCCUCUGCGCUAUGACCUCAGAGACAGGAUUACGCGCUUAGGUGACAUCCCAUACAAAAUUGAUGAUGAUGGAUUCCUGUGUCAGCGAGGCUCAGAUGUGUUUGAGUACAACUCCAAAGGACUCUUAACGAGAGCUUAUAACAAAGCAAACGGGUGGAGCGUUCAGUACCGUUACGAUGGACUCGGCCGAAGGGCUUCCUGUAAGACUAAUCUGGGGCAUCAUCUACAGUACUUUUAUGCUGAUCUUCACAAUCCAACAAGGGUAACUCACGUCUACAACCAUUCCAAUUCAGAAAUCACCUCUUUGUACUACGAUCUGCAGGGCCACCUCUUUGCAAUGGAGAGUAGCAGCGGGGAAGAAUAUUACGUCGCCUCUGAUAACACGGGCACUCCGUUAGCUGUGUUCAGCAUCAAUGGCCUCAUGAUCAAACAGCUUCAGUACACGGCGUAUGGGGAGAUUUAUUACGACUCUAACCCCGAUUUCCAGCUGGUCAUUGGGUUCCACGGAGGGCUGUAUGAUCCUUUAACCAAACUCGUCCAUUUUACCCAAAGGGACUAUGAUGUCCUGGCUGGACGCUGGACAUCUCCUGAUUACACCAUGUGGAAAAACAUUGGUAAAGAACCUGCUCCUUUCAAUCUGUACAUGUUCAAGAGUAACAACCCUCUCAGCAACGAACUGGAUCUAAAGAAUUAUGUAACAGAUGUCAAAAGCUGGUUGGUGAUGUUUGGAUUUCAGCUUAGCAACAUUAUUCCUGGUUUCCCUAGAGCAAAAAUGUAUUUUGUGUCACCGCCAUAUGAGUUGUCUGAGAGUCAAGCAUGUGAAAAUGGACAGCUAAUUACAGGAGUUCAGCAGACAACGGAAAGACACAACCAAGCUUUCAUGGCUCUUGAGGGACAGGUCAUAUCUAAAAGAUUACAUGCCAGUAUUAGAGAAAAAGCAGGUCACUGGUUCGCAACAACCACUCCUAUCAUUGGGAAAGGAAUCAUGUUUGCUGUGAAGGAAGGCCGGGUAACCACCGGCAUUUCCAGCAUAGCCACAGACGAUAGCAGAAAGAUUGCCUCUGUCCUUAAUAGUGCUCACUACCUGGAAAAAAUGCACUACAGCAUUGAGGGGAAGGAUACCCAUUACUUUGUCAAGAUAGGCUCAGCUGACAGCGACCUUGUCACCCUCGCGAUGACCAGCGGGCGGAAGGUCCUGGACAGCGGGGUCAACGUCACCGUCUCCCAGCCCACUCUCCUCGUCAAUGGCAGGACUCGAAGGUUUACCAAUAUUGAGUUUCAGCAUUCCACCCUGCUGAUCAACAUCCGCUACGGACUGACCCCCGACACGCUGGACGAGGAGAAGGUGAGAGUGUUAGACCAGGCUCGGCAGCGAGCCCUGGCAUCAGCCUGGGCCAAGGAGCAGCAGAAGGCACGGGAUGGCCGAGAGGGCAGCCGCGUAUGGACAGACGGAGAGAAGCAGCAGCUUCUGAACACGGGAAGGGUUCAAGGUUACGAGGGAUAUUAUGUCCUGCCCGUGGAGCAGUACCCAGAGCUAGCAGACAGUAGCAGCAACAUCCAGUUUUUAAGACAGAAUGAAAUGGGAAAGAGGUAACAAAUUAACCUGCUGUCAUCCUGUGCUGGAUGAAUCAGUAGUCAUAACUGUUAUCUCCUCUCCUAAGGAGAUGAAGACCUAAAUGGGGGCACUAGGCUGAGCUACUCUGGGAUAGUAAGUGGCAAAAAAGCUCAUAUUUUUUGAGUUCAAUGCUACUGUUCAAGUGAUUAAAAACCACAUCCUGAAGUGGACUAAAGCCAGACUGAAAACUCUAACCAUACAAAUUAAAAAGUACCCCUGAAAUAUUACCCACUUGUUCUGGGUCUAAAGAAAAACAAAAAGAAGGCCUCGUAUUGUAUUACCUCACUCCAUUCACACGUGAGCAAACUAAGAAAUCCAAGUGGGCCACUUUCACUAACCAGCUGAUGAAACACAGAUGAUUCAGACUGCUUGUUUGAUAAAUAUCCAAGAGGUUUUCAUUUAAAGCAAAAUACAGGUGCAUUUAAAACAUGACUUUGGGGUGAUUUGUGUGUAGCAACUGGAGGACAAUGAGAAUGCAAGUGAGAGCGCACUGGAAAUAGUAAAGAAAAAUAUAUUUAAAAGUAACAAAACCACACUUGCACUCUGACCCUCCACUUGUCUGGCCUGAAGCUUAACUUAUUCAAAGAGGGCAGAGUGUAAAGUUACAUUCAAAAUGGUGGCUAUAAAUCACUACAAAUAAAUUUCAUACUCUGUUUGUCUUUGAAGAUUUCCAUUGUGGACAGUAUAACACAGUUACAGGGUGUAGUCUGUUUAGAUUCAGUAGUUUGUUGGUAUCAGUUCCAGUAGAGCUGUGGGCAUUGUGUUACACUAUUGCAAAUGGGCACCACGUCAGAUCACCCUGUACAUACAUCAGCCAGAAGGCACAAUCACUGUUUCAGAUUUAAAAAUUAUUAGUGUGUUUGUUUGGUCGAGAAACUGAGACAAUCACAUUACAGUCACCACAAAAAAAUACAAAAAAAAAAAAAAAAAACCCACCCAAAAAAAAAAAAAAAAAGAAAAGAAAAAAAGAAAAAAGUCUAAUAAGAACUUUGGUACAAGAACUUUUUUGUAAUAUACAUGUAUGAAUUGUUCAUUGAGUUUUUAUAUUAAUUUUAAUUUGCUGCUAAGCAAAGACUAGAGACAGGCAAAGAUAAUUUAUGGCAAAGUGUUUAAAUUGUUUAUACAUAAAUAAAGUCUUUAAAACUCCUGUGAAUUACUUGUCUUCCG